AUGGUAUAUUUUUAUGAAUCGCAGCCGGAGUUGGGCUAUGAUGGCUACCAAGUGAUAAUUGGUAAGGACAAGUUCGAGAAUGACUUGCUUAUUAAAUAUGGCUACAGAGAACUGAACUAUAUGUGGUUUCAUACCGACAAGUACUCCAGCGGGCAUGUCUAUUUGAAAAUGAAAGAGAGUGAGAAGUCUUUGGGUGAUGUCCCGAAAGCAGUGGUCGAGGACUGUCUACAGUUAUGCAAAUCAGAAUCCAUACAGGGCAAUAAAAUGCCAGAAUGCACUAUUAUAUAUACACCUUGGCACAAUCUGCGCAAGAACAGGUACAUGAAACCAGGUGAGGUGUCUUUCAAGUCAGUGAAGAAUUGUAAGAAGACAGUAUGCUAUAACAGAGACAAUAAGAUAUUGAACAGAUUGAGCAAAACGAGGGUUGAAAUAUACGAUGAUGUUGAAAAGUUGCUUCAUGAAGCAAAGAAAUCAAAAGAUCCAAAUUAUUUCACAGACUACAUUUCGAGAAACAGGGACUCUCUAGUCGAAGCAGAAAAGGUACGGAAGCAGUUGUCAAAAUUGGCAAAACAGAAGAAGAAAAAGGAAACAGAAGAGGAGUUCUAUAACAACUAA